AUGAAGUUUGCCGCCGUCCUCGCUUUUGCCGCCACCGCGGUGCUCGCCGCGCCCCCCAAGGCGACCGACGCCACCAAGGUGACGGACGCUGCGGCCAAGGACGACAAGAACAGUGGACGGCUGUGCCUGGGCCGGGACCGGGGCAGGAAGCCCGGCAGCUGGGUCUACAACUACUGCCCGGAGUACUAUUUCUUCCCCAACUCCCAGUGCAUCACGAUCCCUGGCGAGCCUGGCGAUGACUAUCCCCACUGCAGACUAACAUGGCUGGUCCAUAAAGUGCCCGCAGUAUACCUGCCCUGGCUGGCCCAACUGGCCGGAGGUGGUCACCACCUCUUAAAGGGGGGGAGGGUGACUUGUCCGAGAACCCUGGAAGCGCUCCGUAGCUGCAACGCCGAUUACCUCAUGUUCAAGCCCAGUGGAAACGGCCGGACCACCCACUACAGAAGCCGAUGUCGCGAACCGAACAAAGCCGUCCCUGUUUUUUUUUUCCUUAUCCCACCAUCCACUAGAACGCCUCAUUCCCUCCAUCAACCACACUCCCUCACACAACGAGCCUUCUUCCUCAAUUGCUUCAUCUCCUUUCUUCCCCCCUUUCUCCGUCCGCGAUUUCCCCCCCCGCCCCGCCGUCUCCUCCUCAACACCCCCUCCAACCAACAAACACACACACACACACCCCGCACUAUGCCCAAAAACCGCACCGACACAGCCUCCGUCUCCGGCUCCUCCUCCUCGAGCGACAACUCCUCGUCGCGCAAGCGCAAGCGCUCCUCCAAGAAAAACGGCGGCGGCGACACAGAACAAGCCCCCAAAAAGCCGCCCUUUUCCGACCAGCACCUCCUCGCCAACGGCCACCGCCGCAACUCAACCUCCAAAGCCGCCCGCGAUCCCCGCGACGACGCGCGCGCCGUCGCCGUCCGCCAACCCGCCCCCGUCGUCGACCAUGACGGACUAAGCCGAGCCGCCAAGGGAACGCGCGCCCGUAGCCAGGAAACCCCCGAACAAGCCGCCGCGCGCUUGGAAAAGAUGCGCGGCGCCGUCCGCACCCUUCUCGAGUGCGUCGGCGAGGACCCCGACCGCGAGGGCCUCCUCGACACCCCCUCGCGCUACGCCAAGGCCAUGCUCUUCUUCACAAAGGGCUACCAGGUCAACGUCGACGACCUCGUCAACAAUGCCCUCUUCAACGAGGGCCACAACGAAAUGAUUGUCGUCAAGGACAUAACAAUCCACUCCCUCUGCGAGCACCAUCUCGUACCCUUUACCGGCAAGAUGCACAUUGGCUACAUCCCCCGCAACACCGUCAUCGGCCUCUCCAAGCUCCCCCGUAUCGCCGAAAUGUACGCCCGCCGCCUCCAGGUCCAGGAGCGCCUCACCAAGGAGGUCGCCAACGCCGUCAUGGACAUUCUCAAGCCCCAGGGCGUCGCCGUCGUCAUGGAAUCCUCCCACCUCUGCAUGGUCAUGCGCGGCGUCGAGCAAACCGCCACGUCCACCAUCACCUCAUGCGUCCUUGGCUGCUUCGAGCGCAAGUCCAAGACGCGCAACGAGUUCCUCUCCCUCGUCGGCAUCAACCGCUAA